AUGGCAAUUCUCACGGGCAACCAGGCGUACUGUGCCAGCUGCUUCAAAUGCAAGGCCUGCAAGCGGCCUAUCGAGGAUCUGCGCUACGCGAGAACGUCCAAGGGCCUGUUUUGCAUGCCGUGUCACCACAAGCUGGUGGAGCGGAAACGCAAGUACGAGGCGGUGAAGUCGCGCAACUUCGGUUCGUCGCUGGAACCGCAGUCUUCAGCAGACACCGUGCCGUCUGACGAGAAAAAACAGAUGUACGACGAUCUCGACGACAGCAAGCCGCUUUCUGCCACAGAAAAGGUGCAAGUGACGUCUCCGCCAAAAGUCACCAAAAGCCCGGCUUUACACAAGGUGGAGGGGUCUCCCAUCGCGAUCCAGAGAGAGCCGCAGGAGGAGCUGCUCACCAUCCCGUUGCGGUCGCCAAACAGAAACCUGCGGUCUCCCAACAUCCAGCCCGUGGCAGCGUUCACGUCGCCCAAAGUUGACGACUUCGCCGAAAUCAACAUGAUGACGCCUACGCCGCUGAAAGCGGACCGGUCUCCGAUCACCCUGACCGGCGUUGUCUCGCCUGGAAACAGAAAUGCAUUUAUAUUCGAGCAGGAGCCGGAACCCGAGUCGUUUGUCGAUCUGAGCGACGACGACGACGAUACCGACGAGUCGGACGAAAAGCCCAAAGAGGUCCCCAACCCGAUGCGCUCGCCAAGCAAGAAACCUCCGAGCGGCACCAUACCGCACACUCCCGAGAAACCGAGCUCGUCGCCGUACAAGGGACUCAACAUCUCGGGUCUCCAGCUGGCCGGUGACGACCAGCUCACCGGAGAAGUUAGCAGGGACAAGGAGAACACAGGGUUUCAUUCGCGGAAGUCGUCAGGUGGCUUCAGUCGGUCGUUGUCCAUCAAAAACGUUUUUCAUAGACACAAGAAGAGCAACAGCGGUGCCGGGCUGGACAAGUCCAAGAUCCAGACUCUGCGCGACGCCAGCUCUCCGCCAGUGGACCAGGACGAGCUCCUCAAAACGCCGGACUUCGGCUCGCCCAUGCUCAGCCACAAACGCACUCAAUCGGAUCUCACCACGAACUCGUUUCCUCUGCACCUGAGGUCUCGCUCCGACGUCGUUUACGAGGAAAGUCAGCCGGAGUCGCAGAUACUCCAGGUCGACAAGCAGCUCAAACAGCUCAAGAGCGAGCUCGUAUCUCUCACCAGCGCAAAGGCGAACUUGAUGCGGGACAUCCAGUCGCUGGCUGCUGAGAAGACCGGCCUGGAGGACGACAUCGCUCUGUUGAGAGAGCAGAAAGAGAAACUGGAGACAGACACCGUGGCAGAGUCCAAGGAGUCGGAGUCUACCGACUCGCCGUCGUUUGCACAGUCAGACGACACGCUGCCCCAGCUGCCGUCCAAGAUCGCUCUGCAGUCUAAGAAAAUGGGCUCGACAGAGGAACUGGGCGACAAGCCGAGAAAGGGAGGCUUUAUCCGGCGGAUAUUUGGCGCAAACGGCACGCAGACAGCGCAGCAGAACAACUACGUGAUCGGGUCUCCGUCGGUCCAGGAUAUCGGGUCUCCAAAGAAUUUCAGACAGAUGGACGACUCCUUCAACACGUCGCAGGAGGAUAUCGAGGAGACCAAGCCUGCGAGCGGUCUUUCGGCGAUGAUCAAAUCAAGAUCGUCCAACUUCUUGCGCGGAAACGCGUAUCCAUUGGGCAAGUCGUUGUACCAGUGCACUCUACAGGAGCGUGCCGAGCUGGAGCUGCGGACGGUGCCGUUUGUCUUUUCGUGCUGUUUAUCAGAGAUCGAGGCUCGUGGAAUACGUGAGGGAAUCUACAGAGUUAGCGGAUCGUCGCUGGCGAUAGACAAGAUUGAGAAGUAUUUCGAGACCGUGGAAGUGUCCAACGAAAAGGACGUUGGGAAGGCACCAUCUGUCCUCGAAGGCGACAUCAAUGCUGUUGCGGGAAUGCUGAAGAGAUACCUGAAGAAGAUUCCGGAUCCCGUGAUACCGUUCAGGAACUAUGAGCAAUUCAUCGAGAUCUCCAAGAUCCAAAACGAGGCAGGCAGGUUUGCAGGGCUGAAAACGCUGCUCAACGAUCUGCCCGAGGCGAACUUUGUGGUGCUGUUCCAGCUGGCGAAACAUAUGGGCGUGGUGGUGCAAAACUCCAAAAUCACAAAAAUGACAUACAGCUCGCUGGCCACGGUGUUUGCGCCAACGCUGGCUCGCGACAACACGUUCAAUCCGCAGCGAGAGAUCCUCGACAACGGCGCCAAGACCGCCGUGACCGAAUUUCUGUUCCGCAACCACGAGGACCUCUUCAAACGCGCUGCGGCCUAG